UAUCGUGUAUCGUUGGCUUAAAAAUCUUUCUUCCCUAUUUCAUCUAAUACCGAAUAUUACUCCUAUGUUAAUAUAUUAAAUAUUAUUUUCGUUACGACUGUUCAUUUUCAUUGCAGAAAAUAUAAGGAGACGCAGGUUGCAAGAUACAGAUCUAUUUAUUUGUCGGGCCUAUCGUGAUACCGGGUAUCGCGUUAUCAGCUAGAUCCGACAUUGGUCGAUAAAUAUCGCUCGGUGACCUCGUCGAGUAUUUCAUCGGGAAAGAGCAUCGUUCCAGAGCCGCCUUCAUUGCUCGGCCUCGGCAUCCGCCACGCAUUUGUCAAGCUCGUCCUCCGCGAUAACCUUCGCGAGAACUCGCUGAAUCCGAGAAGAAAUCGCGGCGAAUCGUUAAUAACCGUCGCAGGAUAGAUAGGUUCGAAGGCCCGGGGUCGUCCCAUAUGAAUUCAACGGACUUACGUUCAUGGACGCCCGCGGUGCCGCGCAAGAUACCGGACAACAUCGUGUCCUCGAGUUACACGACGACAAGAGCAUUCGUGCCGUCUUACGAAAAAGAAAGGCACCCUCGCAUAGAACAACUACUCUCGAACGAUUAUCAGCGAAUUUGGUGGCAGGAGAAGCUAGCCUGGGAUAAGACUGUAAUUGCUAAAAAAGUUGCAAGCAAGAAAAUAUUACCCCGUAAGCUAAUUAAGAAAAAAGUACCGACAUGCGUGACCGUCAAAUAUCUAACAAGAGCGGAGCGAUUAAAGGAAAAAAGAAGAGAAGAGUUUAAAAAGAAAUCGAACGAGAAUCUUAAAACCGAAGAGACAACCCUUGCAAAGCACAGCGGUGCAAAAUGUAAAAAGGACGAAGAAAUUAAAUCAGAAGAAUGCGAAGAGACGAGAUCGAAAAUCCAGGAGAAAGCACAAACCGAAAAUCGUGAAGAAAUGAAAUCAAACAAGAAAGAAACAAAAUCAGAGAAUCGUGCAGAAAUAAAAUCAGAAAAAUUCGAGAAAGCGAACCAACACGAGGACAUGAAAUCAGAACGAAUCGAGGAAGUGAAAUCAGAAGAACGCGAGGGAACGAAGGCAGAAAACUACGAGGAAACGAAAUCAGAAGUGCAUGAACAAACGAAUUCGGAAGAACGCGAGGAAACAAAUUCAGAAAAAUACGCGGAAGCAAAAUCGGACGAACGCGAAGAAGAAACGCGAUUAGAGAGUAACAAAGAUACAAAUGAAGAAAAAUACGAGGAAAAGAAAUUAGAAGGAAUCAAGUGA